AUGGGACCCCUGCCGCGCACCCUGGAGCUCUUCUACGAUGUGCUGUCCCCCUACUCCUGGUUGGGCUUCGAGGUCCUGUGCCGGUAUAAGAACAUCUGGAACAUCAACCUGCAGUUGCGCCCCAGCCUCAUCGGGGGGAUCAUGAAAGACAGUGGAAACCAGCCACCAGCUCUGCUUCCCCGCAAAGCCCAAUAUAUGAGAAAUGAUAUUAGACUCCUGGGACAGCAUGUCCAGAUUCCCGUGCAGUUCCCCAAGGAUUUCUUCUCUGUGAUCCUUGAAAAAGGAAGUUUAUCAGCCAUGAGAUUCCUCACCGCUGUGAGCAUGGAGCACCCAGAGAUGCUGGAGAAAGUGUCCAGGGAACUAUGGAUGCGUGUCUGGUCACGGGAUGAAGACAUCUCGGAGCCCCAGAGCAUCCUGGCCGCUGCAGAGAAAGCUGGCAUGUCUACAGAACAAGCCCGGGGACUCCUGGAAAAGGUCUCAACACCAAACGUGAAGAACAAGCUCAAGGAGACCACCGAGGCAGCCUGCAAAUAUGGGGCUUUUGGGCUGCCGAUCACCGUGGCCCAUCUGGAUGGCCAAACCCACGUGCUGUUUGGCUCUGAUCGGAUGGAGUUGCUGGCACACCUGCUGGGAGAGAAGUGGAUGGGCCCUGUGCCUCCAGCCAUAAAUGCCAGACUUUAA